GACAGUUUUGUAUGAGAGUGAGAACAGAGAAAUAAUACUCCGUCCAUUUUGCAAAAUGCAAAGUGUAAUGGGUUCUUGACCAGUGAGCUGGUGAGCCCCCCCUUUUCUCUUCUUCUUCUUCUUCUUUUUCUUCUUCUCCCUCAAACUGUCACUCCUCACUCUUUCUCUCACUCUCUCUCCUCUAUAUAACUAUCUCAACCCCCCUUUUAUCCUUCUUCUCCUUUUCUCUCUCUCUCUCUCUCUCUCAUUAGAUUCUCUACUUGUUGACCAGAAAUUUGAGCAGUUUCCCAACAAUGUCGGCUUGUAACGGUGCUGAUCCUCGUGUUCAUGAUAUCAAAACUAAAAUCCGAGUUAUUCCUGAUUUCCCUAAACCCGGUAUAAUGUUUCAAGACAUCACAACUCUGUUGCUUGAUGCCAAGGCUUUCAAGGACACAAUGGAUUUAUUCAUAGAGCGUUACAAAAGCAAGAACAUUUCUGUUGUCGCAGGCAUUGAAGCAAGAGGUUUCAUCUUUGGUCCUCCUAUUGCGUUGGCUAUUGGUGCAAAGUUUGUGCCAUUGAGAAAGCCAAGAAAGUUGCCUGGGGAAGUUAUCUCAGAAGAGUACGUGUUAGAAUACGGACGGGAUUGUCUUGAGAUGCACGUUGGAGCAGUUGAACCUGGUGAACGUGCUUUAGUUGUUGAUGAUCUGGUUGCUACUGGUGGCACUCUAUGUGCCGCUAUGAACUUGCUGGAACGUGCUGGAGCAGAAAUUGUCGAAUGUGCAUGUGUCAUUGAACUACCAGAUUUGAAGGGGCGUGAACGCCUGAAGGGGAAGCCGUUGUACAUACUGGUGGAAGCACAUUAGACUACAGAAAAUUCAGAUUGGUUUUAAACAAAAAAAACAAGUGUACAUUUAAAGUACAUGAUUGGGUUUGGCAGCUUCACCAGAAUGAGAUUAGUCUGCUGUCAUAUUUUUCUUACCUGACCUUCUUCUCCUGAUGUCCUGUGAAUCCGCCUAAGCUUGGCUAUGGCUCCAGAAAAUUCUUGGUGCUUCAUCCUGAUUAUCCAGGGACUUGCUAUUUGUCCUCCCUAGAUUUUGUUCAUUAUGGUCAGGUUGUAGGUGACAUUUGACAGUACCAAAAAAAAAAAAAAAAAAACAAUUGAACUUUGAUAAGUUUAUUUUCACCUGUAUUGUUAUCCAUAUUUUGACCUCAAUCUGAUUUCAGGAGCUGGUGGUAACACAAUUGACAGUUAAACGUCUUGCAGUCCCAUUAUCUUCCUUGAUAACAGAAAAGGUUUAUUUGUAUUACAAGUAUGGGGAUUCCAAUUAUUCAAAUAUGGGUAUGUAAAUAAAAUAAAAUAACAAAGUUAGGUGAUUGAUAAAACAA